UAUGAACUUCCGGAAUAAAAAAGGAUAAGCAUUAAGCCUAAGCUGUGUAGAUCCCACAAUAACAGGUGAAAAGUAGAUUACAUUAAAAGAAUUAGACUCAAUCAAGCUGGAUAUUUUAUUAAAGAGCUCAUUAACUAAAGCAAAGUGUGUUUAAGAUGGAAAUGUUGCUGAGCCUGGUUGACUUAGAAUUGACUUUACUGAAUCCAGCAACCUUUACUGUGGCUACCAUAACAACUUUAAUGACUUUGUAUGUUUACUUCAUUCAGCCUAGCAUGCUACUCAAAGCUUAUUUCAGAGUUGCAGUGCGAUGGAGUGGUAUGAGGAUGAAUUACACAAAGCCAUUGCCUGAUGGUUUCCAAUUUUUUUAUGGUGAAAAGGGUUAUAGAAAAAAAGGUCAAAUGAGCAUCUUAAUGCUGCAUGGUUUUUCAGCUGACCAUUUUAUGUGGGCACCAGUGGUUAGGAAUAUCCCUUCAGACAUUCAUGUGAUAGUUUUGGAUUUACCUGGUCAUGGUUUUACUUCUAAUCCAAUCAAUGAAGAUGAUAUAGAGUUCAAAGGUCAAGUAAGAAGGAUUAGACAGUUUCUAGAUCUGGUUGACUUAAGCUCACAGCCUCUUCAUGUUGUGGGAGUUUCAAUGGGAGCAUUAGUUGCUGGAAUAUUUGCUUCUGAAUGUUCACAGAUGGUUUCAGCAUUGACAUUAACUUGUCCUUGGAUGAAAACACCAUUUGAGAGUCGAAUUAUACGAGAAAAUAAAAAAGUGGUUCUUGAAAAAUAUGGUGGUCUUUUAACACUUGAGAAUUGUCCAAUGCUACCACAAACAGCUGAAGGCCUUCAGAAUAUGUUAGACAUAAGUCAUUUUCAUUCUGUGAAAUACCCCCAACAGAUACUUAAAGGUGCAGUAGAAUUGAGGAAACAAAAAAAUGAUAUUUAUCUACAUUUGGUUAAUAUCCUUAUAUCUGAAGAAACAUCUCUCAUACUAGAGAAUCUUUUAAAUAAGAUCAAAUGUCCAUCUCAAGUUAUCUGGGGCAGAGAUGAUUGGGUUGUUGAUGUGUCUGGUGUGGAUAUUUUACAAGAAAAGUUAGCCAACUGUCAACACAUUGAUAUUUUAGAGGAAUGUGGACAUGCUGUCAACUUAGACCAGCCCAAUCUGUUUGCCACCAAAGUCUUAACCUUUUGGAAAUCACUUAAUAACAGUCUCUGAAAGCUAGUCCCAGUCAUGAGAGACAUUUAUUCAGUUUAUAUAAUUAAUCUUUAUAUAAUUAAUAUUAGAGUAUUAUAUACACAAUAUUGUACUCAGUUCAUAGUCAUCAAGUAUUAUCUAUAUUUUGGUUCAAACUUAUUUAUGUCACCUUAUUUUUUUGUUGUUAAAUUAUUAUUUUGCAGUUUUUCAAAAAGAAUUAUUAAACCUAUUUAAUAUAAAAGCAAAUGUUGACUUAAAGGCAAUAUGUAUAUAUUAAUAUAGCUAUAUAUACUUAUAUAUAAGUAUAUAUAGCUGGAUUGACAUUUAAUGUACUUACACAGAUGUUUUUCACUUUAAUGAUUAAUGAACUUUCACCUUUACAAACCUAGACCAGAUUGUAAUUGCUAAUUUUAGACAAAGAACUUGAAUCCUUAUAAGGAAUAUCCUGAUUAUUAGUAUUACUUAUAGAAAAAUAUUUCUAAUUUUAUUUCUAAUGUAAGGUGCUUUGUGAAAUUGUUAUAUGAAUUGAAAAAAAAAAUGUGUUACUUCUUUCAUGUUCUUACUAUCAUGGUUGAAUCAAAAUGAAAAGUUCUUCUGAGUCUAGGAGACAGAAUUGGUCAAAUGCUGUUUCAGUUCCCCCUUUUUUAACUGACCUCACUGACAUUAAAAUUUAGAUCUAUUGUCUUAUCUUUCAAGUAUUUAAAGAUGCACUGGCAGCUUCCAUCCACCAUUUCCACACCCCACAAAUGUCUAUAACUUCAGUCAUCCAAAACAUGUAUAGAGCUUUACCCCAUCCAUGUGUAGAUAGAUCUUCUGGCCUUCUCCUUAUUUCUUCACCUCUCCCUUAGUCUGUUGAAUCAUUGGGGCACAACACAUCUGUGAACCAUCUUUCUCCAUUCCUUGCUCUUUGGCCUUGGAUAUAUCUAUUUCAAUGACAGGCCUGUCCAUUCUUUCCUUGCAUUGUUGCCUGAUGGAAGGACUUUGUGAAAAAAGCUACCUAGCCCUUAAAGGGAACAUUCAUAUAUCUGCCUCACAAAACAAUGACAAUGUGUUCCAUAAUAAUGAUGAAAUAUUUUGUGUAUAUAUAUAUAUAUAGAGAGAGAAUUAACUUAAAAUUUUUUUUGUGUAUAUACAUAUAUAUAGAGAAAAAUUAACUUAUAAUUUUUAUUUCAAUUAUGUAAUUACUAAACAAUUGUAUCAUUUUGUUUUGUUACUUGUCACUUGGUAACUACUUGUGUUUUUUUUAUGGUGUUGUAGACUCUCAAAAAAAUAAUUAAUGGUACUAUGGUGAAAAUCUAUGGAUGAUGUGAUAAGCCUUUUUUUUUUGCGCUGUACAAAUGAAGGAUAUGAAGCAUUGAUAAUCUAUACAUUUUAAAAGAUCAUUUUUUUAGUACUGUAAAAUCAAACUUCUUAGCUCUUUUGCUUGUAGCACAAAAUAGUCAUUAUUAUUUAGUUGGCAACAGUGAUCUUUUACCAUAGCACCCUUAACAUUGAAUGUAUCUAUAUAUUUCAAAAGUACUCCUUAUCUUCCUCCUUUUAUUUGGUUACAUUACCUUAUAAGACUUGUAUUACUCUGUAUUGCUUUCUCUCUCUUUUUUUUUUGCUUUCUCUCUUUUUUUUUCUUCUGUCUUAACUGUGUAAUGUAAACUGGAUCUAAAAAAAAUUGAAUACUAAAGAAAGAGAUUACUGUGUUCGUUAAAAUCCCCCAAUGUCCAUAUUUGACCAAGAAAAAAGCAUUAAAAAAAUUUCAGUGUCUUUACUGCAUUGUGUUCUUUCUUUGACAUUUAUAACAUAACUAGUUGACUGGCAGCGUAGCAUAUGCUGCUAUUUUGCAGGACCGACCUUAGGCCACUGCAACCUAUGUGACCACAGUGGGCCCCUGCACUUUCAUAGGACCCGUGCUAAUUCAAGGUGUAUAAAUUAUUAACUUAAACCAUGUUAUAACUUAAAACAGAAUUCCCGCACACUCCUGUCGAUUUACCAGGAGCUCCUGGAAAUCUCCUGAAAUUGCAAAAUAUACGAAAAAGUCCUUUUUUCGAUAUAAGGUAAUAUAUAGAAAACAAAUUGUCAUUUUGGGGUGUCAUUCAAUAUGGAAAAUAAAUGGUUAAAUAAAAACGGCUUUAUGCAUUAGCCGUAAUUGUGUAAUCAGGUGAAAGAAGCUUCUCGCGCCUCAAACUAAUGAAGAAUUACUUGAGAUCAACAAUUCUCAAAGAUAGAUUGAAACAUCUGGUAAUUCUUGCUAUUGAGGAAACAUAAUUAUUAUGAUAUACUGUAUGACUUUGCUACACGCAAGGCUCGUAAAGUAAUUCUGUACGUAGUAAAGAAUGAAUAAAAUGCAUAGACGAAUUUAUUUUCUGAUACAAAGUCUUAAAUUUCACGUAUUUUCCGCUUCCCCUACCCAAACUUGGCCCCGCCAAAUCCGUUUCGCAUAGGGCCUCACAAUGCUUAAGUCCGGCUCUGCUAUCUCUUUCCAUGACUUCUUGGUCCAGAGCUGCUAUUUAGUAUUUGUAAAAUUUUUUACGUUUCGUAUUUUCCUUCAGAGUUGAAGAUAAUUACCUCCCUCAGGACGAAGGGGGAUGGGAGCGGGCAGGAUUUGACAGUCCAGCACGCAGCCAUGUGUUCUCCCCCUCCCCCCCCCCUUUUUUUUUUUCGUGCGGUGACUAUCCGCAGAAAUAAGAGAGUGAUCUUUCCUUUACUUCUUCUUGUUAAGUCCGUUGAGGGAAGAAGAGAAUUAUAUAUAUAUUGAUUAUAUACCAUUAGUCUAACUCUAGUCUGUUGAAUUUUCUUUUCCCAUUAAGGUUUAUAAUUAUACAGUAUUUCUUAGGACCCAUGAGACUGAAGACAAAGGGGUUUGUCCACCUAAUAUAAAAUUGUUAAUUUAUUGGACAUAAUUUUUUUCAUUUGUACACAUCACAAUGUAAAUAGCAUUGUUUUAAUUUGCCUUGGCAUUUGUCCAAAAUGUAUCUAAAUUGAUAGUGUAUUGCUGAUAUUGUCAGUGACUUUUGUUUAAUAAUGACAUCACUAGUCAUUCAAUCUUCCUUCUUCUUCAGACUCACAGACAGUGGCUCAUUAGCCAUUCAUGUGUACAUAUAUUUAUGAUAGUGUUAUAAUGUUGCUUUUGUUUUUAUUAUGCUGUCUGCCACAUUUAGCUAGCAAACAUGUUAAGUACUAUGAAAAUCCAAGUCCACUAUGUUUCUGAUCAUGCUCAAAGUAGGUGAAAAGGAUAUUUAUGUUUGUCCAAAUGUGUACAAGUGGUAUGGAAUGUGUCAGCAUGACUGAUCCAAAAGGAACAUGAACAACCAUAUUAUUUGUUAAAUUUAAUGUUCUAUAUUUUCCCAAAGAAUAUUUUUUUGAAUUCAGAAUUAUUUUCCACACUUGGACAGAAUUAAUGUUUUCACGCUUUGAGAGUGCGAAAAAUUCUUCAAAUAAAGUUGUGUACAUUUUUUUGUUUGCUAUUUGAAAAUGUUUUAUUCAGUACAGAAUUGAAAGGAAAUGCACGCCCUUUUUAUAUAGCACAAAGAAAUUUUUAUGAAACAAAAAAUUAUUUUAAUAUUGAUGUUUGAAAAUUAAAAAUUAACAACUGUGAAAAAGUCUCCAGGAUCUAGAUCUGAUCUUGGAAAAAUUGUAUGAUCCAUAUUGGAAAAAAAAUUGCCAGUUCUAUAGCUGGGUAAAAUCAACGGUGGGAGGUUAUGGAGUCAAAGAGUAAAAAUUUGACAUUUCCUAUUUUAUUUUAUGAUAUUAGAAAUUAGACUGCAUUAGGAUCUAAUAGUUUAUAAUGAAUUAAUUUUUUAUUAUGGUAGGAUAAAUUCAUUAAAAUGUAAAGAGCAAUAA